CGCGGACGCUCAGGCGCCUCCCCCCGCCCGGAGCGGAUGAAAACAAACAGUGGCGACGGCGAUGGCGGCGCGGGACAGGCCGCGGCCGCCGCUCUGAGGGCCGCGGGCAGCCCGUCCGCGCCGCGGGCCGCGAACCCCCGGCCGCUGCGAUCCGGCCGCGCCGGCCUCUGCCGCGGCGAGCCCCGGCGCUGACACUCGCGGCGAGCCCGGAGCGGGGCCCCGGGCCGGCCGGUAGCGCGACCCCCGGCAGCCCGGCCCGCCGCGGGGCCCGGGAGCGAGCGGCGAGAGGAGCGAGCGCGGCGCUGCGGCGACACCGGAGCCCCCGGGCGGCCGCGGAGCGUGGAGGCGCCGGGACCGCGGGGCUGCCGUGCCCGGCGGGGCGCCGAGAGGAGGCGGCGACGGGGGACCCCCUCGGGCGGCCCCCGCGCGGGAUGAGCCGCCGCGCCGCCAGCACUGCCUCCCCCUCGCAGAGGAGAGAGAAGACAAAUGCAUAUGAAUUAAGGCAAAUAGCAUGAAAAUGGAUGUUGCAAGAAGUGAGAGACAAAGCAGAAAGCCACGUGCCUGAGAUACUUGUUUUCACUUGUGAACAGCCUCUGUGUAAGGUUAAAGCAGUGAGAUUGCCAUAUGCAAUGGACACUGAUCUCAGUUCCCAGGACAGGAAGGACCUGGACAAGUUCAUCAAAUUUUUUGCUUUGAAGACGGUACAAGUAAUUGUCCAGGCCCGACUUGGAGAGAAAAUUUGUACCCGAUCAUCAUCCUCCCCAACAGGCUCUGACUGGUUCAAUUUGGCAAUCAAAGACAUACCAGAGGUUACUCAUGAAGCAAAGAAAGCCUUGGCAGGACAGCUACCUGCUGUUGGACGGUCUAUGUGCGUGGAGAUUUCUCUCAAAACCUCGGAGGGAGAUUCCAUGGAGCUGGAAAUUUGGUGUCUAGAAAUGAAUGAAAAGUGUGACAAAGAAAUCAAAGUUUCAUACACCGUAUACAACAGGCUGUCUCUACUACUGAAGUCUUUACUUGCUAUAACCAGGGUAACUCCAGCCUACAGACUCUCAAGGAAACAAGGCCAUGAAUAUGUAAUACUGUACAGGAUAUAUUUUGGUGAAGUGCAGCUGAGUGGCUUGGGAGAAGGCUUCCAGACAGUCCGUGUUGGGACAGUGGGUACUCCAGUGGGCACCAUCACUUUGUCUUGUGCCUACAGAAUCAACCUUGCCUUCAUGUCAACCAGGCAGUUUGAGAGGACCCCUCCUAUCAUGGGGAUUAUCAUUGAUCACUUUGUGGACCGUCCCUAUCCCAGCUCUUCACCCAUGCAUCCCUGCAAUUACAGAGCUGGUGAGGAGAAUGGUGCAGUGUACCCCUCAGUGGAAGAUUCCCAAGAAGUUUGCACAACAUCUUUCUCCACCUCUCCUCCAUCUCAGUGUGUUUUUACUGUCACAAAGGCACAUUUUCAGACCCCUCCUCCUGUGGUGACGGACACCUUGAAGGUCCCAGUGAUGGGACUGGCCUUUUCACAUCAACUUUCCAGCUCUCGUCUUUCCUAUCAGCCUGCUGCCCUGGCAGUUGGAUCAGCUGACAUGGGGUAUCCUGUACUCUUUGCUGGUGGCUUGAAUGCUGCACACCCUCACCAGUUGAUUGGUCCAGGAAAAGAUGGGGGGGUGCCCCCAGUUCCUAGCCAGCCAGCACAUGGCACUCAAGCUGACCAAGAAAGGAUAUGCACCCCACUGGAUGGAGCCCACUACUCAGCAGUUACUCCUUCUAGUAGUGAGGACACAGAAACAGUAUCAAACAGCAGCGAAGGGAAGUGUGGUUCCCCACAUGACCUUCUGGAAACCAUCUUUAUCCGGAAGGUGGGAGCUUUUGUCAACAAACCCAUUAAUCAGGUGACCAUGGCCAACUUAGACAUUCCUUUUGCCAUGUUUGCUCCCAAGAAUGUUGAGCUCGAAGAUAACGACCCCAUGGUGAAUCCUCCUGACUCCCCAGAAACUGAAUCUCCUCUACAAGGCAGCUUACACUCGGAGGGCUCCAGUGGCAGCAGCACAGGGAACACCCACGAUGACUUUGUUAUGAUUGACUUUAAACCAGCAUUUUCAAAAGAUGACAUUCUUCCAAUGGACCUGGGGACGUUUUACCGUGAGUUUCAGAACCCACCUCAACUCAGCAGCCUCUCAAUUGACAUUGGAGCUCAGUCCAUGGCAGAGGAUUUGGACUCAUUACCAGAGAAGCUGGCAGUCCAUGAGAAAAAUGUCAAGGAGUUUGAUGCCUUUGUAGAAACCUUGCAGUGAAGCUGUUUUGCUGCAGUGGUUCUUCCUCUUCAAGGCAUCCUGGAGAAUGAUGUCAACAAGUAUCUCUGUCUUUCACCCCCACUCCGCUUUUUGUCUCAUUUGACAAUUUCCUUCUAUCAAUGAGCUUUGUUUGCUGUCUUUAGCAGCAGAUACAGCUCAUCUGCCAGUUUUCCUCAGCUACACCACUGCAUAGAUCUGGACUGCUUUUCCUGUUCACAUUCAGUUUUGAAUUGGUGACUUUAAUGGGGACACAGGAAGUCAAACUCCUAUUUAUGAAACAUUUUCUCUUCAGUCUCUGUUCUGUGUAGAGGGGUUUGUGAAAAGCUGCCAUAUGCUUCCUCCAAAGGUCCUACAGUGUAAUUUCUCCAGAUAUAGUUUCUUGCUAACAGACUGUUUUCCUACAGUCUUCAAUCCUGUUAGAGCAUAGAAAACUUUGGCUCAUUUCCAAGGUCUGUGAAUUCAGCAGAUUCAACAGUUUUAAGUCUAGGACAUCCAUCCUACAGAAUGGGGCACUUCAUCCUGACCUCAGUGUGAGUCCCUGGAGCACAGCAAGAGACAAUGGGACCUGUAUAAUGCAAGUUACCUUUGUGUUUUUGCUUCCAAGGAACUGGGUCUCUACAUGGUCUUUUUCUGUGAGGCCUUCUGUUAUGUUUGUAAGAUAAGCAGGAGUGAAACUACAGAAAUGCUUUCCAUGUUUCCUUUCCAUCCUUUUCUGAGUGUACUGAAACUCUGCCAUGCUGAGUUUACCAGUGUUGACUGUUGGCAGUUCUGCAAGUAGCAGCUGGGAUGAUGCUGAAUUCAUAGUCUCUGCUUUUGAAAUGCAACUGUAAAUAUUAGGAAUCCUGUUUCUUUAGGGUUAUGUAAUUAGGAGUCUUAGUCCAAGAUUCUUUCCUCUAACCCUUGCAAACUUUGCUGCUUUAUGGUUACUAGAUGAUCUUAAGAAUCAAGAAAUAUUUAUUGCUUUUAAAGAAACCUAUAUUUAAAAGAUGUUCUGUUUUCAUGUAGUAGUGCGGGUCAUUCUGCCCUGGAUCCCUGCAGACAGCAAGUGUGCCAUGGAAUCCUGUCCAGUGAGAAUGGUUUCCCUUUGCUGGAAAAAAAUCCAGGAUAUUUAUUUUCUGAGACAAACUUGAUUAAUAUAAUACUCUGUUUUGGGGACUGUGUUUCCAUUACAUCCAGCCAGGGCCCAUUGAAUUAAUGAAAUGCACACAUCAGUGUCGUGGAGUGGCAGGGACUUAGCAAAAAGCUGUAGUCUGACAGGCAUGGAUGAAUUUGCUAUGUUCUUCAGCCAUUCAGAAGGCAGCUCCUUCACAGAAGCACAUUUUGGGAGAGGCUUAUGGUACUUUUUAAUCACUUGGCUUUUGAUUAGCUGAGAGUUUAUUUUUGUAAUGAGCUGGCUAUUAGCAGUGUGACUGGCUAGCAAUGCUCUGUGGUUGCUUUGGCUGUUGUGUGUCCUUUGCCUGAUGUGAGGAAGAGAGGAGAAAUAGUGACACUAAGCAGAAACUUAGAUAAGACAGGUCAUUUUUGUGGUUCGCUCCCCUCCUCCCAUGUGUAACUAGAGUGAGCAACUGCAAGACCACCCCCCCCCCUUAAGAUCCUAAAGCACUCCCCCCCCGCCGAGGGGCUGUGCUUCCUCUGUACUGAGGAACCAUCUUAAUUUCCUCAGAUUGGUGGAGGAACAAGCCUUCUAGUUACUGAAAUGUAGCUUCUUCAAUGUGCUGUAUUCCUUAUUGAAAGAGAUUGCUAGCAGAUGACAGUAGGCUGUGGGAAUCUCUAGGCCCCUAUCUCUGUGCUGCUCCUAGAGCAAGGAACUGAGUUCAGGAUAUAGCUUAUUGUAAAUCAGAUCAACACAAUGCUUAGAACUUUACUAGCUUUCUUGUUGAGUAGCAUGUUUGGUGAGAGGUCAUGUGUGCUCUAAAACCCCAGGUAAGAGCCUUACUGAAGGAGAGUUAUCCACCAGACCCUUUCUAAUUUAGUCAACGAAUCCAACUUUUCAGCAAUGUCAUAUACAGAAGUUCCUUAUUCCUUACAAAAAAGCACAGACAUUCAGAAAGCCUUUCUAGAUAAACAGCUUGCAAGAGGGCUUUAGUUACAUGGCAUUUAACAAAUACCUGAUCCCAACAGUCAGAGCCACCUUCUUGUACAGGUGCAAAAAGUAUCAGAAGGGUCCAGGAACACAAGGAAUUAGUGGAUUACCUGGUUUUCCUCUCUGCUCAGGAAGUUGGUCUCUACCACCUUGUAGGAAGUGGGCUGUCACCUUUCCCUUAACUUACAGGUUAUGCUUGGGAAAGUGGUAUAAUCUGAGCUGCCAAGCAGCGGAGAUUGAGUAAAGUGCUGGUUCACACUGUAUUCACAGAGAAGACUGGAAUAGGUUGAGCUUCACCUGGCCAGUGCUGCUACUAGCCUGUUGUUACACUGAAAAGCUGUGGAGUUGAUAGAAAGCAUGCCCUUCUUGCUAAUACUGUCCCAAUAGUUCCCAGAGCCAAAUAUUCAUGCUCAUUUGUUGAUGUAGUUCCUAACACGGCUACAGCUCCCACAUCUCACAAGGCAGAAUUUCAGUGUAGCAGUUUUUUUCUGCUUGAAAGGCUAGAAAUUUGUCCAUAUGAGCUGCUAGGGUUGAGCUGGGUGGUCACAGCAAUAAAGAUCUCUAGGGCUGAGUUAUGUGCCUGUUUUCUGGAUACUCCUCAGCUUUAACACCUAAUUUCUCUAUCUAGGCUCCCAGAUCUCUGAUCACGGCAUUAGUGUUCUGCUUCAGGAAGGAUCUAGCUGCUGCUGUGACCUGCCACAGAUUGUGUUAUGGGGGCUGUUUAUUUUAGCAGCCAUCCUCAGUUCUAUAUUAAGGACAGUAUGUAUGUAGCUGCUGAUUUACAGAUGCUUUGGGUGAAGGGGAAGGGUCCUAAAUUGCAUUGUUUUGGAAAUAGUCUCCAAUGUACUUUAAGUAUUCAAAGAAUUUCCAAUAAAACUUUUAUGUAAGCAA